GGCGCGGCAGCACCGACCCGGUUGACGCGGGCAGCUCCAGAACUCGCCACCCGCAGCGCUCCGGCUCCUCUCUGUUGACCACGCUGCAGCGAUGGAUGGAGAUGGUGAUCCAGAGAGUGUGAGCCACCCCGAAGAGACGAGCCCAGAGGAGCAGCCAGAGGAGGCGGGUGCCGAGGCGGGUGCCGAGGAGGAGCAGCCCCCGGAGGAGCAGGAGGAGGAGGAGGCGGAGGCCGCGGAGUACCUGGCCCAGCUGCCUGAACCACUGCUGCUCCGAGUGCUGGCCGAGCUGCCAGCCUCGGAGCUGGUGCAGGCCUGCCGCCUGGUGUGCCUGCGCUGGAAGGAGCUGGUGGAUGGCGCCCCACUGUGGCUGCUCAAGUGUCAGCAGGAGGGGCUGGUGCCUGAGGGCUGCGCGGAUGAUGAGCGGGACCACUGGCAGCAGUUCUACUUUCUAAGCAAGAGGAGGCGCAACCUGCUGCGUAACCCAUGCGGGGAAGAGGACUUGGAGGGCUGGUGCGACGUGGAGCACGGAGGGGACGGCUGGAGGGUGGAGGAACUGCCCGGAGACAGUGGGGUGGAAUUUACCCAAGACGACAGCGUUAAGAAGUACUUCGCCUCCUCCUUCGAGUGGUGUCGCAAAGUGCAGGUCGUUGAUCUGCAGGCUGAGGGCUACUGGGAGGAGCUGCUGGACACCACGCAGCCCGCCAUCGUGGUGAAGGACUGGUACUCGGGCCGCACUGAUGCCGGUAGCCUGUACGAGCUCACCGCGAGGCUGCUGUCGGAGAACGAAGAUGUCCUGGCGGAGUUCAGCACCGGACAGGUGGCAGCGCCGGAGGAUGGCAGCUGGAUGGAGAUCUCCCACACCUUCACCGACUAUGGGCCAGGCGUCCGCUUCGUCCGCUUCGAGCACGGAGGACAGGACUCGGUCUACUGGAAGGGCUGGUUCGGGGCCCGGGUGACCAACAGUAGUGUGUGGGUGGAACCCUGAGCUACCCCCCUCCCCAGCCUCCCUUUAGGGGCAGAAGCCUGGGGGUAGAAAGGCCUUAAUUUAGUUGGUAGCAUCCUCACCUGCCUCGUCCACGCCUUGCACCUGCCUCUCUCCCGCCCCUUCCUCCAGCCUAGUCCCUGCGGGGAGAGAAGGAUUUGUUGCUUUAUUGUGGGAUGGCUUCCAUUUGCAUCUCCACGGGCAGUCGCUUCUAGAAUGUACAAUCCGAGGGAGUUACGGGGCUGCUGCUGGAUCCCGAGCACCUAGCAUUGUGCCUGCCUCAAAGUGGGCACU